UUUUUCAAUAUAAGUGCAUAUGCAGUGACCCCAAGGGAUUAAUAAGCCUCCACUCCACUUGGUUGCCAGACACCCAAUAUUUCACCAGCUUCCUGUUUUUCCAAACCAUAAUGACGCUUCACCAAACCAAUUUUUACGCAUUUUGCUUAAUGUACUUUCGUGUGAUUCUUCUCUUCUCUGCAAGUAGUCUCCUCUGCUUGCAACCCAUGGCCAUUACUGCCACCACUCCAAGAAACGAGACUGAUCGUUUGGCUUUGCUCAAAUUCAAAGAAUCUGUACCUCAUGAUCCACAUAGCAUAUUGAGCUCAUGGAAUGACUCAAUGCACUUCUGCAACUGGCAUGGAAUCACAUGCGGCCGCAGGCACCAAAGAGUCACAGCCUUGAACCUAGAGGGCUCUAAGUUAAGUGGAUCCAUAUCACCUGAUAUUGGAAACCUCACUUUUCUUAGGUUCAUCAACCUCCAAAAUAACAGUUUCUAUGGCGAAAUUCCACAAGAAGUUGGUCAUUUGUUUCGACUGCAAAGUCUAGAACUUAACAAUAACUCGUUGGAAGGGGAAAUACCAUCUAGCUUGUCCAACUGCUCCAAUCUCAGGUUCAUAAUUCUUUAUGUGAAUAAGCUUACAGGGAAAAUUCCAGCAGAGUUAGGUUCUUUAAUGAAACUCAAUCAGCUUCAGCUUGCCAUAAACAAUUUGGAAGGACGGAUCCCACCUUCUCUAGGAAAUCUUACAUUGCUAAUAUAUUUUUCUGUAGGGGCCAAUAAUAUGGUGGGAAAUAUUCCAGAUUCCAUAGGCCAAUUGAAAUCCUUAGAACGGUUCUCAAUUUCGAUCAAUAAGUUUUCAGGUACGAUCCCUUCCUCUUUUUACAAUUUGUCAUCUCUCCAAGUCGUCUCACUUACAUCCAACCAACUUAGUGGCACACUUCCAGCCAACAUGGGCCUCAGUCUUCCUAAUCUGCAAGUUCUUCCAAUUGCCUUAAAUGAUUUCUCUGGACAAAUCCCUACUUCAUUAUGUAAUGCAACUCAGCUUAAAAUGAUUGAUUUGGGUGAUAACUAUUUUACGGGAUCAUUUCCAAGUAAUAUGGGAAGUCUAUUGGGUCUUUUUUGGCUAGUUUUGAGUAAUAAUCACCUAGAAAAGUGCUCCCCGUUCCUAUUAUCUUUGACAAAUUGUAGUAAACUUCAAAUAUUGGAUAUAUCUUCAAACCAAUUCGGAGGUGUUCUGCCCAAUUCUAUAUCCAACUUGUCAACCCAGCUUAUAGCAUUACAGUUAGGAUUCAAUGAUAUAUCUGGAACUAUUCCUGCAUCAUUAGAGAAUUUUGUGAAUUUAAUUUCCUUGAGCUUAAGUUAUAAUCACUUUACGGGCAUCAUUCCUAAGACUCUCGGGAAGUUGCAGAAUAUGCAAUCACUGAGAUUACGAGGAAAUAGAUUGUCAGGAGAAAUACCUGCCUCCAUAGGCAACCUUACUCUAUUGUUUGAUCUCUUUUUAGAGGAAAACAAGUUCAAAGGAACAAUACCUCCAAGUAUUGUAAACUGUCAACAUUUGCUGCACUUUGACAUUUCACAAAAUAACUUUAAGGGAUCCAUACCCCCACAGCUUAUUGGUCCUUCUUCUCUUCCAUUAGUACUUCUCAAUUUAUCUCACAACUCAUUCAGUGGCAAACUACCAUUUGAAGUAGGGAAUCUGAAAAAUAUUAACGAAUUGGAUGUCUCUAACAAUAAUUUAUCUGGUGAAAUUCCUACAUCUAUAGGAAAUUGUUUGAUGCUGGAAGUCCUUUACCUACAAGGGAAUUCCUUUGAAGGAGCCAUACCAUCAUCUAUGGCUUCCUUAAAAAGUCUUCGACGUUUAGAUGCUUCACAAAAUAACCUAUCAAGAUCAAUUCCAAAGGAAUUAGAGAAGCUUCAUUUUUUAGAAAAUUUGAAUCUUUCGUUCAAUAAUCUUGUGGGUGAGGUGCCAAUGGAAGGAGUUUUCAAAAACACAAGUGUGAUAUCAUUGAUUGGAAAUACUAAACUUUGUGGCGGUAUUCCGAAAUUGCAAUUGCCAAAAUGCCCUAUAAAAGUCAUGAAACCAAGAAACUCAAUUGGGUUCAAACUAGCAAUUGUAAUUAUUUCCAUUGUUCUGUUUUUAUUUUUGUUUUCAUCCUUUCUUGUUCUUUACUGGAUGAAAAAAUCAAAAAAGGAAUCACCUUGUGUGGUUUCAACAAUGGACCUCCUUCCAAAUGUUUCAUACAAAGAACUCUAUCAGGCAACUAGUGGAUUUUCUCCAAACAAUUUAAUUGGAUCCGGCAGUUUUGGCUUUGUAUAUAAAGGAGCUCUUGAUCAAGAAGAAAGACUAGUUGCUAUAAAGGUCCUUAACCUUCAAUGCAAGGGAGCUUCCACAAGUUUUGUGGCUGAAUGCAAUGCAUUACGAAACAUCCGGCAUCGGAAUCUUGUUAAGAUAUUAACAUGUUGCUCUAGCAUGGAUUAUAGUGGGAAUCAAUUCAAAGCUCUAGUCUUUGAAUUCAUGACAAAUGGGAGCUUAGAUAUAUGGCUGCAUCCAGGGUUAGACAAUGUAAAUCAAUCAAGGAGCUUGAGCAUUCUUCAAAGACUAAAUGUUGCAAUUGAUGUAGCUUCUGCGAUAUAUUAUCUUCACAACCAUUCUGUGCAACCAGUUAUUCAUUGUGAUUUAAAGCCAAGCAAUAUUCUUCUUGACAAUGACAUGGUUGCUCAUGUAAGUGAUUUUGGUCUAGCAAGACUCCUCUCAAUCACCAAUGAUUCUUCUAGAAAGGAAACCAGUACAAUUGGGAUAAAGGGAUCAAUUGGUUACGUUGCCCCAGAGUAUGGCACGGGUGGUAAGGCAUCAAUAGAGGGGGAUGUGUAUAGCUAUGGAAUAUUACUGCUAGAGAUGUUCUUGGGAAAGAGACCCACUGAUGAAAUGCUUAAAGAUGGUCUCAAUCUCCACAAUUUUGCAAAGAUGGCACUGCCAAAGAAACUUGUUCAAAUUGUGGACCCAAUCCUUCUACCAAGAGAAGUUGAUGAAGCUCCAACAGCAAUAGUGGCAGCUAGAGAAGAUACUAAUGGCAAUGAAAUACAAGCGGACAAGGAAGCUCAAGGUAUUGCAAACUUGUGCCAAAUGGAUCCCAAUGUGCAUAAAUGCUUAGUAUCAAUCAUUGAAAUUGGACUUGCAUGUUCAAUGGAGUCACCAAAAGACAGAAAGAAAAUGAAGGAAGUAACUAGGGAGCUACAUUUGAUAAAAAGUGCUUUUCUUGGUUCUGGUAUCCGCAUUUAAGAGCAUGAAACUAUCAGAAGAGAUCAUUGAAACCUCUUUCAUGUCCCCAUUGAUCAUAUAUAGGCAUGCUAGUUCAACCUCGAGAUGUUUAUUGAAUGAUUUCCUUAUAUUUUCUUCUUUGGGAUAUGGCAGUCCCACUUCUGUAUGCAUAUUGUCACUUUCAGACAGUACAAGCAUAUUGAACACUUCUACUACAGGUUCUAGUAUAAUGUGUAUGUAUUUAAAUAAAAAAAACUAAUGUGUGUAUGCAUUUUUUUUUC